AUGGCCAACGCCGUCCAUUACAUUUGGGAGACGGGCGAGGACAAAUACAUGCUGCGUUACUUUCACACCGGCUUCUGGCUGUCCUGUGAGAAGCACAAUGAAGGUAAUGAUCAGGAAGAAAAGUGUCGCAGCUUCAUUGAACUGACGCCAGGAGAAACUCAAGGUGUCCUCUGGCUUUCUGUCAUCAGUGAGUGCAUGUACAUCGGUCUUCUGGCAAUGGGCUUCCUGCUGAUGUGUGUGGAAGUGAUUUGCCUCUGUGCCAAGAGGGAGAUGAACGCCCUCAAGAUCAACGCCUUCGCUGCCAUGUGCACCGUCCUCUCAGGUAUGAUGGGGAUGGUAGCACACAUGAUGUACACUACAGUGUUCCAGAUGACUGUGAGCAUCGGGCCCAAAGACUGGAGGCCACAGACCUGGGACUACGGAUGGUCUUUUGCCAUGGCGUGGUUAUCGUUCAGCUGUUGCAUGGCAGCUGCGGUGGCCACGCUCAACUCCUACACCAAGACCAUCAUUGAGAUGAAGCACCGGGCUCGGGUGAGGCUGGAGGAAGUUCGUGCUACUGCCCGCGCACCUUCUUACGAGGAGGUUGUCCGAGGCAGUGGCGGAGGGGUUUUCUCCAUCAGUCAGCUGAUUCAGCUCGGCCAACAGGGGGCGCUCAUGGACCCUCUCUGGCCCAGAGCAGUGGGACCAACUGUCGGACAUUUGGCAUGUGGCGCUGGGGGAGCGCUGCUUGUUGGUGGAGGAGGAAUUGGAGUUGGAGGGAUGGGAGCUGCUGUUAGCCUUGGGAUGGGAAUGGGAGGAAUGGGAGGAAUGGCAAGAAUGGUAGGAAUGGGGGUAGGAGGAGUCGGCAUUGGUGGGAAUGGAGUUGGGAUGGGAAUGGGAAGAGCGGAGGGAGUUGAAGAAAUGGGAGCAGUAGGAGGAGUUGGCACAAUGGGAGCAGUUGGGGGAGGAAGGCUGGUGGACCAUCAUGGUGUUGUGGUCCUGGAGGGAUGCGGUACUGAAGGAUGUGAAGACUGUGAACGCGAGAUGGAUGAGAUAGAUUACGAUUUGCAAGAGGAAAGAGAGGACUCACUCUGCUAA